AUGAAGGCAAUGAGGCGAUGGGCCAAACAGAUACUGACAGGGCUAGCCUAUCUGCACAGCCAGAAGCCACCAAUCAUACACAGGGACUUGAAGUGUGACAACAUUUUCAUCAAUGGGAACCAUGGGAAGGUUAAGAUUGGGGACUUCGGUUUGGCAAUGGUCAUGCAAGAGAGGAAAACACAGAGUAUACAAGGCACCUUAGAAUUCAUGGCACCAGAGCUCUUUGGUGAAAACUACAAUGAGUUGGUGGAUAUAUACUCUUUCGGCAUGUGUAUGCUUGAGAUGGUGACUGGUGAGUGCCCUUACAGUGAAUGUCAGGGCUUUGUUCAGAUAUACAAGAAGAUUUCUGAAGGUAUAAAACCAGUUGCUCUCUCCAAGGUCAAAGAUGCUGAAGUAAGAAGUUUCAUAGAGAGCUGCCUAGCUUCAGCAGCUGAUAGAUUGCCAUCAAAACCAAUAGCAUUCCCGCCAAAUUUGGAUCUGGAUCUUGAAGCCACACCCAUUUUUGUAUCUUUGCUACCAAAUGGAACUGUUGAUAACGGGAAGGGGUCUUUCAGCCUAGUGCUUCGAAGGGGUGGAUUUGUGUUGGAAGGAGAUAUGAGUGGUAGCAACCCUGUCAAGUUAUUACUAAGGAUUCCGGUCCCCAAUGGUAAAUGUAAGAACGUCGAGUUCGCAUUUGACCUGGAGAAUGAUACAAGUCUUUCGGUGGCUACAGAGAUGGUGCAUGAGCUUGAACUACCUUCUUGGAGCAUGCCUGUUGUGGCGAAGCUGGUAGAUGCGUUCUUGCUCAAAACUGUUCGUGGUUGGAGGCCGUGUGUUCAGGUCGGUCAGAUGAUCCAGGCAGUGCAAAACACUGCAUCCGCGAAUGCAAAAUGCAUCUGA